ACUUUCGUCACGACACUCCACUGCGCUUAUUGAUUCGCGUCUUGGUCUUGAUUCUUGCUCGACAUAGUUUUUGUGUGUAUCAGAAAUGGCGAGUCAGACACAUGGAAUCCAACAACUUUUGGCGGCUGAGAAGCGCGCAGCCGAAAAAGUCUCAGAGGCGAGGAAGCGAAAAGCGAAACGCCUAAAGCAGGCCAAGGAGGAGGCCCAGGAUGAGGUAGAAAAGUACAGACAGGAGCGCGAGAGGCAGUUCAAAGAGUUUGAGGCCAAGCACAUGGGCACCCGGGAAGGUGUUGCUGCUAAGAUCGAUGCUGAGACCAGAAUCAAGAUCGAUGAGAUGAACAAAAUGGUGCAGACACAGAAGGAGGCGGUGAUCAAAGACGUUCUCAACUUGGUGUACGACAUCAAGCCUGAGCUGCACAUCAACUACCGCGUAGUUUAAGCAAACUAUUUAAAAAAAAUUAUCGCCUAAUUAAAUUUUGAUGCGAUCACUUCUAACUGUUAUCAAUGUAAUUUGUUGUUUAUAGGCUACCUAGUUGGAAUAAGCGCCAUUUUGUCACAUGACAGCUAAACACGCGGGAAACGUCACUGGCCGCGUUGUGUCAUUUAACUAUUUCAAAGAUGGCGGAAAACCGCGGUAACGUGAAGGUUUAAAUAUGCAGCCUCCAUUUGGAAUAUUUAUACGCCAUAUAGCUUAAACUUCUUAAUAUUACGGGAAUCAGCUCGGUAUCAUUCCAAUACGUUUGAAGAUCCGCUACGGAACACAAAAAAAAUAUGUAAUCGUAAAUUGUAACUAUGUUAUUCAAUGUUGGAUAGAAUAUAAAAAUAAAGUUUGAGAAAAUUG